AUUGGAGUGGAGGAGAAACCUCGGAUUAAACAAGAUAAGAGAAGAGAAGGCUAGCAUUAGAGCCAAAAUGUCUCUUCGUUGCAUUACACCAUUGCCUUGCAGUAUGGUUGGACACAAGUUACAGAAGCCACCAAUCCAUAAGCCUCUUUUUUAUCACAAGCCUUUCAAUACGCCAUACCUUAAAAAGAAAAUCCCUGCGCGCAGUAGACUUGCUAAAACUACCAUCAAUAUGGCAGUGAUAACCACUGAUGAAGGCAUAACACGACGCAUUGGCAAUCAUCACCCUAACUUGUGGGAUGAUGAUUUCAUACAAUCUCUCUCAAAAGCUUAUGAGGCUCCCUCUUAUGGUGAACGUGCUGAGAAGCUGAUUAAGGAUGUCAAGGACAUGUUCAAUGCGCUUCCAGUACAGUCUUCAUCUGCAGAGGAUCUGUAUCAACAUCUUUCACUGGUUGACCAUGUAGAACGCCUUGGAAUCGACCGCCAUUUUCAAACUGAAAUAAAAAAUGCUCUUGACUAUGUUUACAGAUAUUGGAGUGACAAAGGCAUUGGAUGUGGAAGAGAGAGUACUCAUGCAGAUCUAAACACCUCAGCCUUGGGUUUUAAAAUUCUUCGCCUACACAGAUAUGGCAUCUCCUCAGACAUGUUACAACAAUUCAUACCUAAAGACAAGAACUUGAUGCAUUUGAAGAGCGAGCCAAAUGAGGAGGAGAUUAAAAGCAUUCUAAAUUUAUUUCGUGCUUCACUCAUUGCAUUUCCUGAGGAGAAAGCUAUGGAUGGUGCAAAAUCCUUUUCUACUACAUAUUUGAAACAAGCUCUACCAAAGAUAAAUAAUUUAAAUCUUUCAAGAGAGAUAAAAUUCAAUCUAGAGUAUGGUUGGCACACCAAUGUACCUAGGUUGGAAACAAGGACCUAUCUUGACAUAUAUGGAGAAGAUAGUUCAUGGGCUUCCAAGAACAUCAACAAUACUUUUUAUGAAAAACUAUUAGAAUUGGCAAAGUUGGACUUUAAUAUGAUUCAAUCAGUACAACAAAAAGAGCUUCAAAUUUUGUCAAGAUGGUGGACAGAGUCUGGGUUGGUUAAACUAGAGUUUUCUCGCCAUCGCCAUGUGGAAUAUUAUCUUUGGGCAGCUGGAGGGUGUAUUGAACCCAAAUAUUCUGCUUUUAGAAUUGGGUUUGCAAAGUUGUCUGCACUUGUCACAUAUUUGGAUGAUAUUUAUGAUACAUAUGGAACUUUGGAUGAGCUCAAAAUAUUCACAAAAGCCAUUAAAAGGUGGGAUUUAUCAGCCACAGAGGGACUUCCUGAAUUUAUGAAAGUGGCAUUCAAGGCUUUUGAUGAAGCUCUAAGGGACAUGGCUGAAGAGGCCAAGAAAACUCAAGGCAGAGACACACUUGACUAUGCACGCAAAGCUUGGGAAGUUUAUAUAGAUGCCUACAUGAAAGAAGCAGAGUGGCUUGCUAUGGGUUAUACACCGUCUUUAGAGGAAUAUUUAGAGAAUGGAAAAGUGAGUGCUGGAUCCCGUGUUGUGACCUUGCAACCCGUGUUAACUUUAGAUGCACCUCUUUCUGAUGAAAUUCUCAAAGAAAUUGAUUAUCCAUCAAGGUUUGAUGAGUUAUUAGGCUUAACCCUCAGAUUAAGAGGUGACACAAGGACUUUUAAGGCUGAGGCGGAUCGUGGAGAAGUGGUAUCAUGUAUAACAUGUUACAUGAAAGACCACCCUAGAUCAAAUGAGGAAGAUGCACUCAACUAUCUCAAUUCUUUAAUUGAUGAAAGACUUAAAGAAUUGAAUUGGGAAUAUUUGAAACUAGAUAAUGUUCCAUUAGUUAGCAAAGAUAAUGCAUAUAAUUUAUCAAAAGGUCUUCAACUUUUGUACAAAGAAAGAGAUGGAUUUAGUGUCUCUAGGAUUGAGACAAAGAAUCUUAUUAGCAAAAUUAUUAUUGAACCAAUACCAAUAUGACUUUUGAAUUGGUUCAUAUAUUUACAAGUGGAAUAUCAUCAUGUAAUAGAGUCUCCCACCUUCAUCAAUAUUAUAUAUAUUGAAAAUAUGUAACUUAUCAUAAUUUGUUAUUUUAUAGAAUAAAAGUCACCAUAUUUUCUUUCUUAAUUUA